UUGCUCUCUCUCUCUCUCUCUCUCUCUCUCUCUCUCUAUAAUGGAGGGGAACGAACAUAGCCUGAGUUCUUACUAUCACCAACAGCCUCACCACCAUCAUCAGCAGCAACAGCACCACCACAGCGGCGGCGGCGCCACCACCGCCACUGCCAACUCCGCUGCCCCAAAUGGUAUAUUCUCCGGUCCCCUCCACAACUUGGCUUCCUCAGUCCAUUACUCUACUUCUGAAGGGACUCCUCUGGUUUUCCCUCCUCAUACCGUUACCGGCAGAGCCCCCGUCUCUGCUUGUACGCCACCGGAGACCGUAAAAAGGAAGAGGGGAAGGCCCAGGAAGUAUGGUACUCCUGAUGCGCCAGCAAGCGCUACGCCCUCUGCUUCUUCGGCCAAGAAGGUCUCUGUUACUUCUGAUUCUUCGCUUCCUCUUUCUCCUUCUUCGUCUUCUCCUCAUAAGAAAGAGCAGUUGUCGGCUUCGUCUCCUAAGAAAGCCCAAUUGGUUGCUCUUGGGGAUGCAGGACAAGGGUUUACACCUCAUGUCAUUACUGUAGCUGCUGGAGAAGAUGUUGCCCAGAAAAUCAUGUCAUUCAUGCAGCAACGGAAGCGUGCAGUCUGUAUCCUCUCGGCAUCUGGUUCAAUUUCUAAUGCAUCUCUUCGCCAGCCUGCCACACUGGGGGGCAAUGUGACAUAUGAGGGCCGUUUUGAGAUCCUUUCUCUGACAGGAUCUUACCUGCAUAGUGAGGUUGGAGGAGCAUCCUCAAGAACUGGUGGACUUAGUGUAUGUCUGUCUGAUUCUGAUGGUCGGAUUGUUGGUGGUGGAAUAGGGGGGCCAUUAAAGGCUGCCGGCCCAGUGCAGGUUAUUGUUGGUUCCUUUGUGAUUGACACCAAAAAGGAAGUUAGUGGUGGCCUAAAAGCUGAUGCUUCUACCAGCAAGUUACCGUCACCACUAGAUGGGGCAACAAUCUCAACUGUAGGCUUCCGACCAUCACCGGACUCUUCUGGGAGAAUCUCAGUCAGGGGAAAUGAUGAGCAUCAAAAUAUUAGUCCAGAUCAUUUCAUGUUACAACCUCGAGGAAUGCAUGUAAUGACUGGACUGUCAAAUGAUUGGAGGAGUGGCCCAGAUGCUAGAAACAAUGCUUUCAUUGAACUCGCAGGAAGAAAAGAUCAUAGAGCAUGCCAUUCUCCAGAAGAUGGGGAGGAUGAACAGAUUCGAGAAUAGGCCUGUUGGUUAUGAAGGUGCUGAUCAUAUUCGGAUUUCAUUGGUAAAGGAAUCAGUUUUAUAAUAGGCUUUUGUAACAGGUUGAUGUACAGCCGUUGUUCAUCAGGAGCAUAACCUAUUCUCUGUACAGGAUAUUGGCUGUUUGCAAUAGCUUUUGGCCUUUAGUCUUCUGCUGAUAUAUAGGUGAUGAUUUACAUUAUCAGCAUGUUGAAGGCUGAGGUGACUUAGCUUGUGCUCUGUGCAUUCAACUGGCAACAAGAUUGAUUCUCUCUUUUUC